CUGGCAACCCAAUGACAUGAGUCAUAUUUGACUUGAUGGUGCUGUUGGGAAACAUUUCGUUUAAAAAGCGACGCGUUUUUGUUUAAAUCAGUAGGUAUGAUUCGAUUUAUUUAGUGUUAUAACCCUAUAAUCCGGACUUUUCGACUUUAAGCAGGUUUGCGUGAGUGAUUCGGUGUGUUUUUGUGAAAUUGGUCGAGAGGCGCGCGCGCUCUGCUUUGCCUGAGAAACGAAACCGAAAGUGAUCUGAUCGAGAAGGUGUGAAAUCAGUACAUUUCUAGUGCAAUGCAUCCAGAAGACCAGUCAUCUUCCUCUGAUCUGUGCUGUGUUCUCUGCAAGAGAGCCGAUGAGACCAAGAUCACAGGCCCCCUGUCGUGUAAACAGAGCACUGCAGCCCACCAGAACUGUUUGCUUUAUGCAUCUGGACUCUUCUGUAAAAACUCUCCCCCCUUUGACGACCUGUUCGGCUUUGACCUAGAGGAUGUGGAGAAUGAGUGUAAAAGAGGAAAAAGACUCAAAUGCUCCAAAUGUGGGAAGCAUGGAGCUACAGCUGGAUGUGAGGUUAAAUCCUGUAAGCGCUCCUAUCAUUACCCGUGUGCUAAGAAGGCUCGUGCAGUAACCAUGGAGGACCAAAGUAAAGGCACCUUCACGUUGUAUUGUGAAAAGCAUAAUCCAAACGCCAGCAUUGUUGGUCCAGAACAAAUAGAUGCUAAAGCAUUAUCUUCUAGUUCUGGCAGUAAAAGCUCAGAGACCAGCGACCAGGACAACAAUCAUAGAGGAUCUGAGAGUGAGUCUGAAACACCAAGGAGGUCCCUGGGUAAACGAAAACAUCGGGAAUAUUCUUCUGACUCAGAUGAAGCUCCAGUCCUCCUUGAUCUAAUUCAUGCACCUAUAGAAUCAGAGUUUGAGGAUAUCACACCCCCACCGCAGAAUUUGCGAACAACGUUUCAGUUUGCAGACGGAAGCAGGAACAACAAGAAGCCUAAACAAGAUGUUGCGUUUAAUCCUAGUGAUGAUGAUGAUGAACCGUAUCAAGAUUCGGAUUUAGAGUCCCCGAGUCUUUUACACCCAGUGUACCGCCAUGAGAAUGUUCCAUUCAAAGUUAUUGAAGCAUCCAUUGAAUCAGUUGCAGAGAACAGCUCUGGCCCUUGUUCUCCUGCUGCACAGAGUUUGGAAAAGCCUAUCUCUGCCCUUGAACAGGCAGCAGCCCAUCCUUUACUUAACGGCACUUCACCUGGAGCCACUAGUGAAUCCUCCAUUGUCAAUAGAGCUUUCUGUAGAGACAUGAGUGAACGUUGUGCAUCUGUGGACAUACCACCUGUCCAUAUGACAACAGAGCUUCCACAAUCUUCUGUAAGACACUCUCAGGAUCUUCCAAUAGACCUAACAGCCCCAGGAGGGAGCUCCAUGGCGCAGGUUCAGACGGAUGAACCCAUUAUUCACGUGGGCGUUUCGGAUUUGAGUGCUGCCCUUUUCUGGAGGAGAUGUAAUGACGUGGGAUGUACGGAGGAUAUUUUCGCAGACCUCACACGUCAGCUCACCAGCUUGGCCGAAAAGGUGAAGAAUGCACAUGCCACCAAAGAAGAUUAUGCUGUCUCGCUCAGGAUACUAGAGGCAUCAGGGAAGCUUCCUGAAAUCUUCAAACGAAUGGAGCAAGACUUGGAGGAUCAAGAAAGACAGCUGCUGAAAAAGAGAGAGGCAUUAAGGGAUGCCAAGGCAGUGCUUCGCAAAAAUCAGUCCAUCUGAUGCGAAAUUAUAAUGGUUUUGAUAAGCAAUUUCUUCUAUAUUUUUUAUAUAUUUUUAAUAUUUUUUACUAUACAUUUUACAUCAAGCCUAAACUAAAUAUAUAUGCAUGUUUAGUUUUAUGUCUAAGCAGAUAUUAGCUUUAUAAAUGGGGCUCUGGUUACUGUAGGAAAAGAAAUAUGCCUUCAAUUUUUACUGCCAAAUUAUUUAAUCAUCAAUUUUAAUUCUCGAA